AGUAUCAUCUAUAAGUUUAAUAUUAGCCGUGACUGUUGCUUGUCAUGUCAAUAUGGUAGAAUUCCCUGUUUAAGGUUAUUAUGUGGAUAUGUACAUUGAAAAUCACAUGGAUGUACUUGGAUCAAGCAGAAGAUGAUGUGCGAGAAGGGCUUGCUCAGUGGUCACAAGAUUGCUGGCGUCAAAUGUAGACUGCUUGAUGAUAUGCAUCACUGCAUUGAUUCAUCGGAAUUUGCCUUCUUCCAAGCCGCGCAAAGUGCCAUCAGGAAUAUAUUUGAGGACGGUAAUUGGCGAAUCUUGCAACCCAUUACAUGUUAGACCUCCGGCACACCAGCGCGACGCGACACGCGAUGCGCGAUAUCGCACGUCGCGUAUCGCGCAUCGCGAACCGCGUCAUGCUGGUCUGCCGAAGGCUUUAGUCGAAGUGAUGGGGCCAGAAGAAUUUCAGGAUGUCAUAAUAAGUCAAAUCAAUAAAAGAAAAGGAAUUAUAAACGACGAAAAUAAGCAAGGGUUGGUUCACAAUCUAUGCGGAAGUACCGCUUAAUGACAUGUUCGCUUACGCGGGUAAAUUGAGAUCCCUGACGCAGGGUAAGGGAGAAUUCAGCAUGGAAUACACGAGGUACAGUCCUUGCCUACAGGAGCUCCAGGAGAAAAUCAUCAGGCAGUAUCAAGAAUCACAGGGGAUAACAGUUGCGCAAAAUGAUCAUAGAACGAACAAUUCGUUAGCAAAACUUUGCACGAUUAUCUUGUGAAAGUCAUUUAAGUUCAUGACAAUGUAUGUCAUUAUAUCUCUUACCCGAUAUAAACCGACAAGUUAUUAGUAACAAGAAUAAGUAAUUAACAUGAAUGCGAAUGAUUCAUAUUAGCUUAAAUGUGAUGAUAAGAAUGCAUCGAGAAAGGGAACUGUAAAUAUUAGUUUACGUCAAAAACAUGUGAUGUAGGAACGAAAUAAGUCGAAAAUAUAAUUAUUAUCUACAGACUUAAUAAUAUUUUAUGUCGUAUUCCUUUGGUCUUCUCCAAGAAAAUGAAAAUAAAUAACAAAAAUGAAG